AUGCUUCAGUGGUAUGAUCCUCGGGUUUCCGGCCUCGUGCCGAAGGACCAAAUUGGGAGGACCCUCUCCGAAGGACAGGCGAAGGACUUGAUGUGGACCCCAGAUGUCAUCGUGACAAACACCGAACUUCAAGGCAGAAGUGUCAUAUCUACCAGUUUCCAUAUAUCUGUGGAUGGCAUGGUCAACAAAACUCAACGGCUUCUGGUGAAGAUCAAGGAAAACUUUGAUGGCAAGGAGUUUCCGUACGAUCAGCAGGCGCUGCACGUGCUCUUGGCUUCAGCCUCUUACAUGACAGAUGAUGUGCAACUCGUGCCAAUGGUCACUGCCAACCUCUCCGACAUCGGGGCAAGCUCGUUUGACAAGUCUGAUUGGACAUUUCUAUUUCACGAUCUGAAGGUGUUCGAGGAGAGUGUGGGAUCUUUGAAAAAAAGCCGGGCCCAAUUUGUGAUGCAUGUGCUUCGAGAUGCAUCACCCUACAUGAGUAGCACUAUUUUCCCAGAGAUCAUGAUCGUGGUGCUGUCCUUCACAGUCUUCCUCUUUCCCGUGAACCCGGGCUUUGCGAUGCCUCGAGUUUCUUCCGCAGUUAUCGCUUUCUUAUCAAUGCUGACAAUAAGCACAAGGACAUCUGCCAUGCUUCCAGAAGUCCGUCGAGGCCUGGUGUGGAUGGAACUGUUUGAAGUAGUUUGCAAGAUGCUACUCUUCAUUGUGAUCAUGCUCAACAUCCUGGUGGAGACAGUAUUUCACUCAUGGCAACAACCAGAGCUUGCCAAGCAGUUGGUCUUUGAGCUGCGGUUGGCCUUUCCAGUGGUUGCCGGACUUUCACUGGCAGCAUGUUCCGUAGCCACUGGCAAGCACCUGGAGCUCUUCUGCGACGCUGUGCGCUCUGCCCUUCUUUUGGUAACGGCAAUCUUCAUCCUGUCCGUCUUUCGCCGAAGCCGGAACUACGCUUCAAUGCAGAAGUGACGAUGUCGCGGUUCUUGUUUGUCUACCUCAUACACCACUGUGUUUACUCCAUAUGUCGGAGCGGUUCGAGCAAACUCGUGAUGCACUCAUACGGAUUUAUGUUAUGCUUUGCGG